AUGCGUUCCUUUUUAGCGGCAUUAGUUAUGGCCUUGUGCGUCGGCGUUUCUGUCACGCGAUCAAAUAACAUCAAGCGAGACGUUUGUGAUGUGAUGAAUAACGAUGCUGCAGAUGACGCCUGCAGCAUGAAGAAAGCCUUCGGCGGAAGCUCAGUUUUCCCUCAGCUUUUGUCUAUCUUUGACCCCCAGGCAGCUCUCUACGUUCACUAUGCUGAGGUGAUCGUUGGUGGUGCUCAGCAACUUACGCCCAACCGAGUUGCUACGAAGCCCAACCUCUCGAUCGCCUUCAUGCGUGGCCCACUCAGCGUGCCCGGAGCACAGAUGCUUUUGAACAAAUACGUCGUAAUGCUUGUUGACUUCCAGCCCCAAGCCCGAAUUACCAAGCCAAUCUGGAUUCAAUCCGGGAUGACUGUGAACCGCAACACUGGAGCAUUGAGCUCAUCAACUGCCCCCAUCAUUCCUUACACAUCCCCUAACCCUCAGCGAGGAACCGGAACGCAUGAAUACGUCUUCUUAGUCUUUCAAGAAAACGGCGCUGGAUUAUGGGCAUCCCUCAAGCAACACCCGCAAUUACGAGCGAGCCUCUCCGGUUCAAUGGACUUGAAGGCCUUCCGUGCUCAAGCCGGCCUACAAAACUUGGUUGCUGGCAGCUUUUUCAAAUCCGUUCACCCUUAG